CUUGUGGCUUCUUAAGCGAAUACAGUCCUGUGCAAUUAACAGGAAAGCCACUGCUCUGAAGUCAGUGAGGAAACAUACCUAUUUUGAAAUCACUGCGUGAAGACGAGUCGUAACAAAAAACAGCAGAUUUGCGAAACACAGGGCUGGAAGAGAGGCAAAUGGACACAAAUGACCAACACCUAUGACUCCAUGAGAAAUUAGGCAAAACAGUCAUUUGAGCAUUUCAGCAUUCUGGAGUUUUUCAAGGAGACGAAUCGGGUACAAGGGUUGCUGAAGAAGACGUUUGACUGUAACAGUUAAGAAAGCCUUGGAGCAUCUUGGGAGACACUUCUCUGCAUAUAUGAAGCCAGACUCCAUUACCAUGACCACACUGAGCGGUCUGUGUAAGCAAGAUGUGGUGUGUAUCUUCGGCACGGGUGACUUCGGCCGCUCUUUAGGCCUCCGCUUGCUCCAGGCGGGGUAUGAGGUCGUCUACGGAUCCAGAGACCCCAAAAACUCAGCUUUGCUGCCCAAGGGGGCCAAGGUUAUGACCCAUGAGGAGGCGGCUCAGGCGGCCAGAGUGAUCUUCGUGGCUGUUCAUCGAGAGCACUAUGACUUUCUGAGCUCUUUGAGCCUGGCUCUGGAAGGAAAAGUGCUGGUGGAUAUCAGUAAUAACCUAAGAAGGGGUCUGUACCCACAAUCCAAUGCUGAAUACCUGAGCACACUGGUACCAGGGGCUGUUGUGGUCAAAGCCUUCAACACCAUCUCCGCAUGGGCACUGCAAUCUGGGGGGCUGGAUGCCAACAGACAGGUGCUGAUCUGUGGCAACAACCCUGAUGCUAAGCAAGCAGUGGUGGACAUCGCCCACAGUCUUGGCCUCACCGCCUUGGACCGAGGGUCCCUGAGAGCAGCUUCUGAGCUGGAGGACAUCCCCCUCCAGCUCUUCCCCAUGUGGAGACUACCCUUCCGUAUCGCUGUUGGACUGCUGGCAGUUUUCUUCAUCUAUGUGUUAAUCCAGGAUGUCAUCUACAAGUGGGUCAUGGAAAAGAAGGACAUUUCUUUCCGCAUCAUGGUCUCCCUGGCUAAUAAAGCGUUCCCGAUGGUCGCUUUGGUGAUGCUGGCGCUGUGCUACCUGCCAGGUAUCAUGGCGGCCUUCCUACAGCUCUACAAUGGCACCAAGUACCGCCGCUUUCCCGACUGGCUGGACCGUUGGAUGCUGUGCAGAAAGCAGCUGGGAUUGCUGGCUCUAGCCUUCGCUUUCCUGCAUGUGCUCUAUACCUUCGCCAUCCCCAUCAGAUAUUAUGUUUACCAUCGCAGAGUCACCUUCACUUCCACAAUAAUCAAAGAGAAUAAAACCUACGAGUUCGAAAACAUCAUGGCCUGGCGCUCCGACUCCUACCUGGCUAUGGGAAUGCUGGGAUUUGCAUUGUUUGUUUUGUUGGGAAUCACGUCUCUCCCAUCUGUCAGCAACUCACUCAACUGGAGAGAAUUCAGCUGCAUACAGUCUAAACUAGGCCAUCUGACCCUGCUGCUGUGCACAGCUCAUGCCUUUCUAUAUGGCUGGGACAAGUUCCUGAAGCCCGCUUCAUAUAAGUGGUGGAUGCCGCCUGGCUACAUGGUGUCGCUGGUGGUCCCUUGCGUGGUUCUGGUUCUGAAAUUGUUCCUGAUUACUCCAUGUAUGGACCGCACCAUCACCCGCAUACGUCAGGGCUGGGAGAGAUCAGCUGGCAUGCCACACAAGGAGGAGAAGAGCAGUCAGCCAUUAAUUCUGUAAAGGACGCUGAACACAGUGUGUUCUCUGAAAAUGAAAGUUCCUCAGAAAUUGUCAGAGGUGGGUAGAGUAGCCAGAGCCUAUACUUAAAUAAAGGUACUGUUACUGUAAUGAAGUAAUGGCUGAAGUAGAAGUAAAAGUAGCCUAGCAAAAAUAAACUCCAGUAUUUAGUCCAAAGACUUUUCACAUUUUAAGUUCCCUGUACAACCGGAUCUCUAGCACAAAGUUCAACACCUCACUCUAACAUGUAGAUUUUCCUAUGUGGUAGAUCUCCAGCAUCCAGGACUGACCCUGCUCUAGCACAUCUAGCAUCUAUCAGCAUAGAAACUGCAGGUGGUUUGACACUAUUUCUGGGAUCCUUUUGGUCUAAUCCAGUGGUCACAACCCCCUGGAGAUCUCCUUUCUAGCAGAAAAGAGGAUCUCUCAUCUAACAGGCUCAUAGCCUACUUCCUUGAGACCAAUGCAUCUGGUCCAGCCAGAAGCAGGUGUGGCAGGUUGUGGUUGGAGACUCCACAGGAAGGCACAUCUCCAAGGCCAAGGUUGGUGAACACUGGUUUAAAAUUAAAAGGCUAAAGCCAAAAAGUGAGAAGUGUGAUCAACAAAUAUGGAGCAAACGGAUUGAAUGAAGUGAAGCCCAGAAAUAGGAACUAGUGACUAAAUUUGGUGGUCAAAAUGAAGGCCAAAGUAGCUUCUUUUCCUUACAAAUAGAUUUAAUUAGAAGUAAAAUCAUCUCACAGGUGUAUCCAUCCACUAGAAUUUACAUUUACAUGUUAAGUGUACAGAACUGAGCAGUGGCGUUACUACUGGGGAUCUCUGGGGAUCCAUAUGGCUCCUCAUAGAUACUGACACAAUUGUAAACUCAUGACUCAAAGAUCCAGUUUCUUAACAACAAGCCUCACACUACACAGACAGUUAUGACAUCUCCUAUAUGGUAAACCGUGUUUAACUGGAUCAUUCACAUCCCACAACAUAAUAAAUGAGACAAUAGUUAAAAGUAGCCUCGUUAACUCCUUGGAACCACUGGUGGUUCCACAAUGCACUUCGUCAUAUUCUUCAUAACUUUAAUAUUUUAUGAUCUACACUCAAAAGGUGGGUGUCGUACGAGGCUGUAACUGGGUUCUCUCUAGUUAAAUAGAUGGGUGAUGUAAUUUUAAACCAUCAUAGUAAAAGAAGCCGAGCUCACAAUUUGUUUUCCACUGAAAGUCGACCUAUUUUUCCGCAAAUCUGGGCUAUGAAUUAUAAACAGAUGGCGUCUCUUCAGUGAUCUGCUCUGUAAAUAUUAUUUUUAUAAAAUAAUACAAGCGUCUAAGAUUUUUGGCUUUCAGCUGUAAAUUGUAAGCAUAGAGCAAUAUGUGUGAUCAUAAAACGCAUGCAUGCUCUGUUCAUUUGAAGGGAGCUUUUACAAAAAAUAAAUAAAAAAAAUAAAAAUUUGCAUUAUUUCACGCAGUUACUGAAUAAUUUGCCUUACGAUUUGGCCACAAAUUCAAAUGGAAAAAAACAAAAUUUUUGGUCCCACUUUAUAUUAAGUGUCCCUGAUAACUGUGUAGUUAUAUGUGAACAACUUAUGCACCAACAGUGGAACUACUAAUGUUUUAGUCACUGUUACAGGUGGAUUACAGUAGGAUGUCUUAUGUAAUUACACCUGUGUAGCAACUUCAGUUGUUCUAUAGGUACAGUGCAAUUACAGAGUGGUAAUUAUAGAAUGGCAAUUAAUGUGAUGUGGUUAGUUACCUUGUUACAACACAGUUAUUCUACAGUAAUUAUGUAAACCAAAUGUACUAUGUUAAAAAACCUCUGAUCUCAUGUAUCAAAAAGAUAUGCUUGUGUAAUUACAAGAGGCAAAAUAUACAUGUGUAAUUACACAGGUACAGCUGUAAUCCAUCUGUAACACUGAUUAAAUCACCAGUAGUUACAGUUGUUAAAUAGGCUAUUGAUGUGUAACUACACAGUUAUUAGAGACACUUAAUAUAAAGUGCGACCCAAUUUUCCCCUGGAGAAUAAGAGGUUAUUAACAGUAGUUUGUACAUUUUCAUCAGUAACUUUUUUCUUUGCACGGGGGGCCCUAAGAUAGUAGUUAUGCCACUCAAACUGAGCAAAUGGAACUAGGCCCUACCCACCUCUGACAACUGCACUAUGCGGACCUGAACUGAUCGUAACAGUAGAGUUAAAUUGAUGGCUCAUCACUGUUGUCACUGUCUAUUGAAAAGGAUUAAAAUUAGGAUUAAAAUCCAUUGGUUCUUCAUUUAAUUUAAUUUCGUGUAGGUUUAAAACCUUCUUGAUACGCACAUAUGCAUAUUAAAAGUAAAGGCCCCAAAGAGGGUCCUUUGGAGCCAUGCUUGGUUCCUUCAAGAACAUAAUUUGUCCUACUGUACUAACAAAGAAACUUUAGGAACUUUACUUUCAAGAGUUUAGAGCACAGCUAGAGUAGCACAAUUGUAUUAUACUGCAUUAAUCAUCAACCAUCAGCAACUUUAUUCUGGUGGCUCUGCUGAUCUUUUGACCCCUUCUAAGCUAUCUAGAAGUCUCAGUAGGGCUUUCAGUGCUGUUUUCAGGGCACAUUUCUCAUAGUGUAUAAAGCACUUUAACAUGGCUUCUUAAUUCCCAUCGUUUCUGAGCUAUUUCCUCACAAGCUUCUCUCAAAGGACGUUUCUCUUUAGAUGUAAUCGAUCCGGCCAUGGGCAGCAACUUCCUGCACUGUCUGCUUCUUUUCUGUAGAGAAAUGCUUUCCUUUCUCUCUCAUGUGGAGUAGAAAAGGACUGUCAUUCAUAAUGUCAAUCACGUGUCCAGACUGCGAUACUCUUGUAUAGAGCUUUGAUAAAAUACCACAGUCACAUAUAAAGCUUUUUUUUUAGUUCCAUCUGCUUUUGUGCCAAGUAUUCCUGAAAUAAAUAAUAAAAACCGCAGUG